CAAACCGCGAUCGAAUCGACAGUUCCGAGAAGGAACUCUUCGCCCGUACCGUCGUGGAGUGAGGAGUCUGUUUCAGUUCCAUUUCUCGUUCUCUCUCCACAUUUUCAGAUAAAGGCUUGAUUUUCGUUCUUUUCUGUAUUCAGUUCUUUUGCUCUUCUUUUUGGUCUGUUUGGUUGCCGGCAAACUGUAGGAAAAAAGGAACUGUAAAAGAGAGAACACUGAAUAUCCUGUAUUUAUUUAUUAUUUAUUUAUUUAUUUAUUUUUUCAACUUUUUCGUAGCGAUCACUAAGGUAAAACUCCCUUCUAUACCUAGAAUCGAUUCUAUAAACUGUUAAUGCCAAUAUGUGUCUCGCUUUAUGGUUGUGAUUGACGUAACUUAGAAUACUGGUAAUUUCCCCCUUUUGUACUUUCUUCUGUGGCUUCUCUGUCAUCCUCGCUUCUUUCUGUUUCUUUUUUUUCCUUGUUUUUAUACUUAUUCCUCUGUUUGGUUUGGUUGCUGGGAAACAUAGGGAAAAAGGACCUACGAGAGGAGGAAACUCUGAAUAUCCUGUUUCGGACGUUUGAUCUUGUUGUUUUUAUUCAUUUCUUUGUCUGCGGUUUCUAGCAGUCAAGCAGAGUGUUUAUUUGUUUUCCAGUUUUUCAAUUUUGAACCUGAAAUUCAGGUUUAGUUUCGGUGUAUAUAUGUGGAAUCGUUUCUAUGAACUGUGGAUAGUUGUUGCCAUUUGUAUCUCGUUUAUUGUUGUGAAAAAUUCUGUAAUUAAGAUUACCUCUGAUUUUUAACUCUGUUCUUUGCUUCACUGUCCUUUUUUUUUUUUUUUAACUUUUCUUUUCUUCUUCCUCUGUUUGCUUGUAGCAGAAAAGGAACUACAAAAAUAAACUUUGGAAAAUCCUGUUUUAGAAGUAAUUUUUUGUUACCCUUUCUUUUUGAAGUUUGCAGUGAUCAAUUUUGAAGGUUGAAUUCCCUUCCAUACUGGGAAAUUUGGAAUUGAGUCUAGGAAAUGUGGAUUGUGAAUGCAAUUUUAUUAUUCAUUUUUUAAGUUUUGAACUUGCUUUAGCUGGGAUUACUGUUGAUCUUCUUCACUUUUUUCUUUUUCUUAUUUCUCUAUAUGCUUGUGGACAAACAGUAAGAAAAAAAGAACAAAUUUUACUGUGAUCAAGCAGAUGAUUUUUUGUUUUCUAAUUUUGAAGGUUCAGUUCCCAGUUGUAUGUGGAAUCAGUUCAAUAAACUGGGGAUCAUUCAUAGAAGCUGAGGAAACAAGUUGCUGAUAUUCGUGUUCAAUUCCAUUCUAAUGUUUGGAAUUGAGUCCAUAACCGUGGAUUGUUAAUGCAAUUAUUUAUCUCAUUUUGUUCCUCUGAAAAUAAUUGAGAUAACUGUUAAUUUUAGAUUUUUUUUUUUUUUAAAUUUUCAGCUCAUGUUACUAAACUGUGAUGUUUUAUUUUCAAAUUGAUUUCUUUAUUGAUCUAUAUUAUUUGAAUGUGUUCAGGAUAUGUCCUUUGCAUGUGCCUAGUGAUAUCAUUGGAUUUUGAAUGUGGACUAGAACUAUAAAUCACUGACAUGGCGGUUAUGCAACUGAAUGGUGGUGUUCUUGCUACUGGAUUGACAAAUACAGGGAGUGGAGGGGGUGUGAUAAAGAAGAUUACAGGGUCCUCUGUUGUGGUACAGCCAAGUGGAGAACACAAUGCAUUUGCACUUAUUAAAAGAAAAGGGUUAAGAUAUGAAGAUGUUACUAGAUGUCAUCAUCAAUCUCUAGACCUUCUAAGGCCAUUCUCUCCAUUGGUGACAUGCCGUAGGAAACAUGUCUUUCCUGUGUUCAAUAAUCACCUCGGAUCGGAUUGUGGUGUGGAUUCUUCAGAGGUGGAAGAGAACAUUGUUGUGGAAAAGGGGAAUGAUAUUGGCAACUCAAGUGGAGUCUGUGAAUUGAAAGGGAUUACUGCAACUUUAUCACGUUCUUUGGGAGUCAAACGUGAGCUCAUUAUGCUUUCUUUGCCUGCAAUGGCUGGACAGGCUCUUGAUCCUUUGGCACAACUGAUGGAGACAGCUUAUAUUGGUAGAUUGGGCCCUGUGGAGUUGGCUUCUGCUGGUGUUUCCAUAUCAAUAUUCAACAUUAUAUCAAAGCUAUUUAACAUUCCUCUCCUGAGUAUUUCCACUUCGUUUGUGGCUGAAGACAUCUCAAAGAAUGCUAUCAACAAUUCAGCCUCAGAAGAGUUUUAUCAAGAAGAAAGUACAAAUGGAACUCCUUUUGUUGGAGUAACUGAAAGAAUGCAGCUAUCAUCUGUUUCUACGGCUUUACUUUUAGCUGUUGGUAUUGGCAUCUUUGAGGCUUUUGCCUUGUAUUUUGGAUCAGGAUGGUUCCUUAACUUGAUGGGCAUACCAUCGGCUUCAUCCAUGCAUGCUCCAGCACGUAGAUUUCUUUCACUCAGAGCCCUUGGAGCUCCUGCAGUUGUUGUUUCUUUGGCUCUUCAAGGCAUUUUACGUGGUUUUAAGGAUACAAAGACCCCGGUCUUAUGUCUAGGUGUUGGUAAUUUUGCAGCUGUCUUUUUGUUCCCCAUACUUAUGUAUUAUUUUCAAUUGGGUGUUACUGGAGCUGCCAUUUCCACUGUUGUGUCUCAAUACAUUGUCACCUUUUUAAUGAUUUGGCACCUCAAUAAGAGAGCUGUAUUGUUGCCCCCAAAGAUGGGAACACUGCAAUUUGGUGACUAUAUCAAAUCUGGUGGUUUUCUUCUUGGGAGAACUCUUGCUGUCCUUGCAACUAUGACCUUGGCAACAUCAGUGGCGGCUCGUCAAGGCCCAAUAGCAAUGGCCGGCCAUCAAAUAUGCUUGCAAGUAUGGUUGGCUGUUUCGCUCCUCACUGAUGCACUGGCUGCAUCUGCUCAGGCCAUGAUUGCAAGUUCUUUAUCGAAAGGUGACUACAAGGCUGUGAAAGAAAUUACCUACUUUGUAUUAAAGACAGGAUUAUUCACUGGUAUUUUCUUGGCUGUGGCUUUGAGUGCAUUUUAUGGUUCCUUAGCCACCAUAUUCACCAAGGACAUUGAAGUGUUAGGAAUUGUUAGGACUGGGGUACUGUUUGUCUGUGCCAGUCAACCUAUAAAUUCUUUAGCUUUUAUUUUUGAUGGCCUCCAUUUUGGUGCAUCAGACUUCCCAUAUGCUGCUCGCUCUAUGAUGGUCAUUGGGGCAAUAUGUUCUGCCUUUUUGCUUUAUGUUCCUUCUCUACUUGGUCUUCAAGGAGUUUGGCUGGGCUUGACUCUCUUUAUGGGCUUGCGUAUGGUGGCAGGAGUGAUCAGAUUAGCAUCGAAAACUGGUCCAUGGUGGUUCCUGCAUGAGGACUUCCAGACGGCAGAGGUGAUGAAUUUUGGAUCUAAAACCGCCUAACUGGAUUCAAUUUUUGGAUUGCACUUGUUGAGAUGGGACCGGUCUAUGAUGGAGUCUAGGAAACCAGUGACUGUAGUGUAUGACACAUAUCCCUGAGACAUGAUUCGAUUGUACUUAACGGUAUUUGAAUAUUUUUCUUAGAUGAUAAGCAGUUUUUUAGUCUCUAAUUCAUGAAAUUGUAUAGAUUUAUUUCUUUGGCAAUAUUCUGAAUCCCUUGAGUUUUAUUACCUUCUUUUGUUGUUGGAAUGAUGCUAUAUUCUCCAAAAUUUCCAGUUUUCACCCA